AUGAGUUUUAGGCAUUUCAAGAGGAGACUUGAAACAAGCUCAGGAGAUGAAAGCUCUUCAGUGGAUGAGGAAGAUUUAGACGAAAACGCAUCUUUAUCAAAGAAACCAGCCUCACUAAAGGACAGUGGUUUAGCAUCCAAAAGUCUGGAAGAUCCAGGAAAGAACCACCUUCCCGAUAAUGAGCAAGAGUCGAAUGAAAGUGAUGCCAGUCUCGAAAGUGAAGAAAGUAACGACGGCAGUGAUUCAAGCGAUGAUGACGAUAUGAAACCUUUACCGAGACCUUUGUUUAUGAAGAAAAAGGCCAAUAACUGGCAACAAGCUACUACGAUCGAUCAAUCGCCGAGUAUUCAAAGUGAGGCACACGUUGUGCAAACAAAGAAAGAAAAUGUGAUGAAAAACAUUGACAAAGCUAAUCAAGUAGCAAAGAACUACGAGACGAUGAAGCUGCGGAUUGACACCAAUUAUAGCACCAACGAGGAAUUGAUCAAGCAAUGUAUGCUCUUAAAUGAUGACGAUGAGGUUGAUUCAGAAAAGGAGAGGCAGAAAUGGCUUGACAGGCAGAACGAACGUAAGCAAAAGCAUAGAAGAGAAGAGGUUGCCAAGCAGAGAGAAUCAGAAGAAUACGAAGCAAAACGAUUUGCAGCGAUGCAAAAAGACAAAGAUAGGCAUACCAAAUACGAUGUCAACCCUGACAGGGAAAAGGAGCAAUUUGAUUAUAAAAAACAGAGGUUGACUGAGAAAGCCAAAAAGUCACAUGGCAACAACCGUUACAAGAUCAAAAAGGCUAAAAAUAUUGAAUUUGGCGAUCUAAGAAAGGAUGGCAGGGAUCAUCAAGAAAGUGAAUAUUCUAUUAUAUAA